ACCACCGAGGGAAGUGAGAAAUAAAAUAUUCUGUGGAUUCUCAAUUAUCUACAUUUAGUCUGAGCUUGUGCUUUUGUAACUAGUGUGCUCGGAUAGGCAGAUCCUCAGUGUAGCAUGCAAAUAGUCUGCAUGGGCCAUGCAAAUAGUCUGUAUGGGGCAGCAGCACUGAACGGUGAUAUGAAGGGUUGAUUUUAGGGUUCAGCGGGGAGGACACUAGUUGUCCAUGAUUAAAGGGGCACUUUGCAAGGGUGAAGGAAAACACAGAUUAAAGCCCAUUGUUAUAUUGUUUAUGGCUGUCAGGGUGGAUUGUGGCAGUUGUAGUCUUAACACCAGCUGGAAGUUGAUGGCUGACCGUCCCUGAUUAUAUAUUUUAUUUGCUGCUUUUCUGAUGGGAGCCUUGUUCAGUGGCGUAACUACCGGGGGAGCAGGGGGUGCAGUCGCACCAGGCCCGCUCCCCCUCGGGGCCCUCCAGAGCCACUAGAUUUUUUUUUUUUUUUUUAACAAUUGCUUUUUUCGCCAUUCUAUUUUUCUUCUGGCUGGUCCGGCUCUUUUUUUUUGUGCUGGCUGGUCACUUCCCCCUGCCGUUGUGCUGGCUGGUCACCUCCCCCUGCUGUUGGGCAGUGUUAUCUCCGGUCCGGUUUCUGUGGAGCCGCUCUGCUCGAAGGAACCGGCCCUAUGAUGGGAGCAGCCAUGUUUCUCCUUGGCUUGUGCCUGUGUUUCUCCAGUGUCUCUGCAGAUUCCAAAGCCGUGACAACGUCAAUCACCGCAAAGUGGGCAUCUACUCCUUUACUGUUGGAAGCCAGUGAAUUCUUAGCUGAAGAAGCACCCGAUAAGUUCUGGGCCUUUGUGGAUGAAGUGCAACAAGUGGAGGAUCAAGGUUCUGAUAAUAUCAACUACGAGCUGAUGGUGAAUAAAGCAAGCCGACAACUAUCACCACAACAGGAGAACCUUCUAAAAUUUGCCUUGUCUCUCCGCACCUACUCUGCUACAGUCCAGACCUUCCAGCAGAUGGCCGCAGAUGAGCCGCCCCCCCCAGGCUGCAAAAGUUUCCUAGCAGUGCAUGGAGUGAAGACGUGUGUUCUUGAAAACUUGUCAUCACUUCUGAAGACUGCUUCUGACAGACCAAAGCCCUUUCUUUUCAAAGGAGAUCACAGAUACCCAUCUACGUCACCCGACAGCCCUGUUGUUAUACUCUAUGCUGAGAUUGGCUCAGGAGACUUCUCUAGGUUUCACCAGAUGCUUUCUCUGAAGGCCCAAGAAGAUGAUAUUAUUUAUAUACUCCGUCACUAUGUUUCUCAACCACGACCUGAAAAGGUUUAUCUGUCUGGAUAUGGCGUGGAGCUGGCCAUAAAGAGCACUGAAUAUAAAGCAAAGGAUGACACACAAGUGAAAGGAAAUGACGUGAAUGCUACAGUGGAGGGUGAGCAUGAUCCAGUAGAUGAGGUUCAGGGAUUUCUCUUUGGGAAGCUCAGGCAGUUGUAUCCAGAGCUUAAGGAGCAGCUAAAAGAACUGAGGAAGCAUUUAAUAGAUAGCACUAAUGAAAUGGCACCACUGAAGGUCUGGGAGCUGCAAGAUCUAAGCUACCAAAGUGCUGCACAUGUCCUGUCCGCUCCAGCUUCUGAAUCACUGAUGGUUAUGAAAGACCUGAGUCAGAAUUUCCCCACCAAAGCCAGGGCAUUAACAAGGACAGUAGUUGACUCUGCUCUCCGUAAGGAAGUAGAAGAAAAUCAAAAGUAUUUUAAGUCAAAUCUUGGUCUGCACCCGGGAGACUCUGCUUUGUUCAUCAAUGGAUUACAUGUUGAUCUAGACAGUCAGGAUAUCUUCAGCUUGUUCGAUACUGUACGUAACGAGGCCCAGGUCAUGGAAGGCCUUUUCCGCUUAGGCAUAGAUGGGACAGCCCUUCAAAAUGUUCUAAAACUUAAUAUCCAACCGUCUACUGCAGAUUAUGCUGUGGAUAUCCGAUACCCUGCUAUAACUUGGGUAAACAAUCUUGAACUGGACAGCAGAUACAACUCAUGGCCUUCCACUCUUCAGGAGUUGCUUCGUCCAACAUUCCCUGGUGUCAUCCGACAGAUCCGCAGGAACUUCAACAACUUUGUCAUUAUUUUUGAUCCUGUGCAGGAAUCCACCACUGAGCUGGUUACUCUUGCUGAAAUGUUCCUAAGUAACCAUAUCCCAGUGAGAAUCGGGUUGGUGUUUGUUGUGGAUGACUCUGAGGAAGUUGAUGGCUUUCAGGAUGCAGGUGUUGCUUUGCUUAGAGCUUUCAACUAUGUGGCAGACGAAAUGGAUAAUUAUCAUGCAUUCCAAUUGGUUGCAUCAAUCUACAACAAGGUGCCAGCUGGAAAGCGACUGACCGUGAAGCACGUUACCAGUGUCCUGGAGCAGAAAUAUCCUUAUGUCGAGCUUGGCAGCAUUUUGGACAGAGACUCUGCCUAUGACCAGUCAAGAAAGGAAGGGAUGGAAUACUUCCUGCAGACGGGGUUAACUCCACUGCCAGUCGUACUCUUUAAUGGCAUUCCCUUUUCAAAAGAGCAGCUGGAGCCCGAUGAGCUGGAGACUGCGACAAUGCACAAAAUAAUAGAAACCACCACUUUCUUCCAGAAAGCAGUUUAUCUGGGGGAACUGACGAAUGAUCAAGAUGUUGUGGAUCACAUAAUGAAUCAGCCUAAUGUCGUCCCAAGAAUUAAUAUGCGGAUCUUAGAAGCAGAGCGCCGGUACCUGGAUUUAACAACUCUCAAUAACUUUUUUGUAGAUGACUACAAACGUUUCAGCUCCUUGAACUCCAAUGCUAAGAGCGCAGCAAUAGUUAACAGUAUGACCUAUCUUACAAAGAAAGGAAUGUCAUCCAGGGAGAUUUAUGAUGAUUCUUUUGUGAGACCCGUCACUUUCUGGAUUGUGGGGGAUUUUGAUGAGCCUUCUGGGCGCCAGCUUUUGUACGAUGCAAUCAAACAUCAGAAAUCCAGCAACAAUGUACGGAUCGGCAUGCUCAACAACCCCAGCCAGGAUCCAUCAGCUGAGAGAACUCGUGUUGCACGGGCCAUUUGGGCUGCUCUCCAGACUCAAAACUCAAACAAUGCCAAAAACUUCAUCACCAAAAUUGUCAAGCAAGAAAAUGCAAAACAGAUCGAGGCAGGAAAGGACCCAGUGGAAUUUGCUGUUGGGGGUAUGGAUACCAGUCUGUUCCUUGAUGUAUUUGAGUCCGCAAAGGUCGAUUUCAUCUUAUCUCAUACUCUCUACUGCCGUGAGGUUCUAAAACUGAAGAAAGGAGAGAGAGCCAUUAUCAGCAACGGAAGGAUUAUUGGGCCUUUACGUGAUAAUGAAGUGUUUAAUCAAGAUGACUUUCACCUUCUAGAGAACCUUGUCUUGAAGACCUCAGCACAAAAGAUUAAAUCCCACGUUCAGCUGCUUCAAGUGGAAGAAGAUCACGCCAGCGAUCUGGUGAUGAAAAUAGAUUCACUGUUGUCUUCCCAACCCAAAGGAGAAGGAAGAGUUAGUUACCAGAUACCUGAAGACCAACACAGUGCUAUUAAGCUGAGACCUACAGAAGGGAUGAUUUAUUUUGACGUGGUUGCUGUUGUAGAUCCCGUAACAAAAGCAGCGCAGAAACUAGCCCCUCUACUCCUGGUUCUUAACCAAGUACUAAAUAUGAAUCUUCGUGUGUUUAUGAACUGCCAGUCCAAGCUGUCAGAAAUGCCUCUGAAGAGCUUCUAUCGCUACAUUUUGGAACCAGAGGUCACGUUUACAUCAAAGAAGAAAUUUGCCCCUGGUCCUAUUGCCAAGUUCCUAGACAUGCCCCAGUCUCCUCUUUUCACUCUCAGCCUCGACACUCCUGAGAGCUGGAUGGUGGAGUCUGUGCGGACGCCGUAUGAUCUGGAUAACAUAUACCUUGAGGAGGUGGACAGUGUUGUAGCAGCUGAGUUUGAGCUUGAGUAUCUCCUCUUAGAAGGACAUUGCUUUGAUGUCUCCACUGGACAACCACCCAGGGGGCUCCAGUUCACACUGGGAACAUCUACAAAUCCUGUAGUGGUUGACACAAUUGUCAUGGCUAACUUGGGUUAUUUCCAGUUAAAAGCCAAUCCUGGUGCUUGGAUGCUGAGGCUCAGAAAAGGGCGCUCCGAGGACAUUUACACUAUUUACAGCCAUGAAGGGACAGAUUCUGAUCCAGAAGCCUCUGACGUGGUUAUUGUGCUGCAUGAUUUCAAGAGCAAAAUAAUUAAACUAAAAGUUCAGAAAAAGCCAGACAAAAUGAACGAGGACCUUCUGAGCGAUGGAACUAGUGAAAAUGAGUCUGGAUUCUGGGAUUCCCUUACAUGGGGACUUUCAGGAGGUCAGAAACAAGAGGAGACAAAGGCCGAUAAAGAAGAUGUACUUAAUAUCUUCUCUGUGGCCUCCGGGCAUUUGUAUGAGAGAUUCCUUAGAAUAAUGAUGUUAUCAGUGCUGAAAAAUACCCGGACACCGGUCAAGUUCUGGUUUUUAAAGAAUUAUCUGUCGCCCACGUUUAAGAAUUUUAUCCCAUACAUGGCCGAGAAAUAUAACUUCCAGUAUGAGCUGGUCCAGUACAAGUGGCCUCGUUGGCUUCACCAACAAACAGAGAAGCAGAGAAUCAUCUGGGGAUACAAAAUCCUGUUCCUGGAUGUACUAUUUCCCCUGGCAGUGGAUAAAUUCAUCUUUGUAGAUGCAGAUCAGAUCGUAAGGACCGACCUCAAAGAACUGCGGGAUUUCAAUUUGGAUGGGGCUCCUUAUGGAUACACUCCAUUCUGUGACAGCAGGAGGGAGAUGGAUGGCUACCGCUUCUGGAGAUCUGGGUACUGGGCCAGUCAUUUGGCUGGACGUAAAUACCACAUAAGUGCUCUGUAUGUAGUGGAUUUGAAAAAGUUCCGGAAGAUAGCAGCUGGAGACAGGCUGAGAGGGCAGUACCAAGGCCUAAGUCAGGAUCCAAACAGUCUCUCCAACCUCGACCAGGAUCUUCCGAAUAAUAUGAUCCAUCAAGUGCCCAUAAAGUCUUUGCCUCAGGAGUGGCUGUGGUGCGAAACUUGGUGUGAUGAAACGUCAAAGAAGAAGGCUAAAACUAUAGACUUGUGUAACAACCCUAAGACCAAGGAGCCUAAGUUGCAGGCAGCAGUACGGAUCGUCCCUGAAUGGCAAGACUAUGACCAAGAGAUUAAGAAACUCCAAAGCCAUUUCCAGGAGGAGUCCUCAAAUGGGUCAUUGCAACCUGACAAGAGCACCAAUCCAGAUAAAGAAUUCCACGUGGAAUUAUGAUCGACGAUCAACAUCGGGAAGCGGGACUCUUCUUUUCUGAGCGACCAGAGAUUAUUGGAGAUUUUAGUUUGUUGAUUUUACAGUAUGUGUGCACAACUGCUGAAUGGGCUGAUGAUGAGCUGUGGUAUUUGGGGUAUUUAUAUUUUGGGUUCUAAUUAAGUUUAUUUUUUUACUGUUUUACAAUAUUCGGCCUUGGUUAUCGGGUGCUGGGGAGACUUAUUUGGUUCCUGAAAGACUCCUCUGCUAAACUGGAAAGGGUUUGUCUGAUUCCUACAUCUCCUAAUGAUAAUGUGUAUGAGCUGCAAAUUAAUACAGGUAUAGGAUCAAUUAUCCGAAAUGCUCGGGACCUGGGGUUUUCCAAAUUACGGGAUCUUUCCGUAAUUUGGGUCACCAUACCAUAAUGUCUGCUUAAAAUCAUUUACACAUUCAGUAAACCCAAUAGGAUUGUUUGGCCACCAACAUGGAUCCUGCAGCUUAUAGUUACCAUCAAGUACAAGCUGUUUUACUAUUGCAGAGAAAUUGUGUUUUAAAAAUUGGAUUCAUUUGCUUAAAGUGGACUCUUUGGAAGAUGUCAAUUUGGGGGUUUCUGGAUAAGGGAUCAGAUACCUGUAAUUCUGAUUAUAUCUGACUGUGGCUCUGUUCCAGAAUUGGCACCAAUUAGGUAAUGACCUUAUAAUUCCCAGCAGCAGUGGUUCCUCUAUAGUUAAAAUAACGGCAUCAAUACAGAGGAGUGUCUUUUAGCUCAGUGCACAAGGAGUGAGAGACACAAUUAUUGGCUUUGUAGAGCAACUUUAGUCCUUACUCAGUCACCCUUGUAAGGUAUAGGAGAUACUGGGGCUCAUUUAUCAACACUGGGCACAUUUGCCCGUGGGCAGUUACCCAUAGCAACCAAUCAGUGACUGCCUUUUUUCAGCCAGCUGCAAGGUGAACAAAGAAUGCAACAAUCGGCUGUAAUGCCCUAAAAAUUGUGCAAUAAAUAAUAAUAAUAUUCUUCAUAAGAUAAGUAGUUCUGUUCCAGUCUGGUUGUCGUGGAUGUGCGACUGGGAAGUGAUCAUUGGAGGAACCGACUACUUUCUACUACAAUCUGAUUGGUUGCCAUGAGUUAAUGGCCGCCGGCAAGUUUGCCCAGUGUUGAUAAAUAAGCCCCACUGUGAGGCAACAGGGCAGGGCAUUGAAUACAGUACCUACAUGCUGCAACUUAUUGGGGUUUUGCCCCCUUCUGUGACAAUAUGCUGCACAAUAUCCUCCAUACAGUUCCAUAGAACCUCAAAAAUGUACAAUGUCUCUGCUCCACAUGAGAAACCCAUCCACGGUGUCCAUACUGGAUUCAUAUAAAUGCUCUAUAACGGUAUAUUCUCAUAAAGUAGGUUUGUACUAGAGCCAAGAACGCUGCGUCUAAUCACAGUAAUUAGUCAUUAUCGUUCCUUACACUGCACCUUGUCCCAGGGGAACUGACUCUUCUAAUCCAAAGUGGAAUUGUAACUUCUAGAACCACGAGAAGUCGCCAAAUUAUUUCUUAUUAUUUCCUAGCUAUUCUCCAAAUAAUUUCUUAUACAACAUGGGCAAGGCAAAACAUUUAGCCAUCGUGUAAUUGGAAAUCCUGUAUUUGACUUUGAGGGGAAGAACUGCCGACUGUAAUGAUUCCAUUAGGGACAAAGCGUUAUAUCCCCUGCCCGACAGAUUAUGUUCAUCGUUAAACUGUGUCCUACCCAUCUGCUAUUAUUGCUACUCACAUAACGGCACCAUCUUUGUGAUACAACAAAUAAAAACAGUAUUGUGAGGGA